AUGCCUACCUCGCUGGUGUCGACGCAGAAAAUGCCAGUGCCGACGGCGAAGCUGUCAAAGCCGGCACCAUGCCCGAAAUCUACUUUUUUGGGAUGGGACGUCGUCCACCUGGACGAAAAGUGCUUCAAUGCCAAUAAGGACCACCGCAAGACCUACCUUGUCGAUGGCGAAGACGUUGGAUACAGCGCCUGCAAGUCAAAGCGCUUCAUCGCGAAGGUCAUGUUUCUUUGCGCGGUUGCUUGCCCGCGUGAUGAGGACGGCUUCAACGGGAAGAUUGGAAUUUGGCCGUUCAUCACUCAAGUCUCAGCUACUCGGAACUCACGGAAUCAACCUGCUGGCACUAUGGUCAUUACCGUGAUCAAUGUUGACGGCGCAACGUACCGGGAUUACGUUGUCAACAAAGUUAUACCGGCAAUCAAGGAGAACUUUCGCAGUUCGAACAAGCGUGUCGUGCUGCAACACAACAACGCUACACCUCACCGGUCGAUCGACGAUGCAACCCUCGCUGAAGUGAAGUAG